GAAAUACGAAGCUCAGAGGCGUUAAACAAAACCGUCAGUUGUGUAUUGUUUCAAAAAUGGGUUUCACCGUCCUCACGAGCCUUGUCCUUUCGUCCAUCAUUGCCACUGUCUAUUACAGUGGAUACAAUCUCGACAUCACGUCUGGACGUGAUUAUGAAAAGGUUGAAGGGGAGAAUGAUCUUCAUCCCCUUUUCUUAACGCCGCUGAUCGAGAGUGGGAGUAUUGAUGAGGCAAGGAGAAAAUCGAUUGUCGAACAUGAAGGGCUCAGGGAUUUGGUCAGCUACAGUGGAUUCUUCACUGUCAAUAAGGAGUACAAUUCCAAUUUGUUCUUCUGGUUUUUCCCUGCACAGAUGAUUUCGAAAACCGCUCCAAUUGUCAUCUGGCUCCAAGGAGGUCCAGGCGAGAGUUCCCUCCUGGGUCUCUUCUCUGAGAACGGUCCCUUCCGCAUCACGAAGGGCCAAACCCUCGAAAACCGGGAAGAUUCCUGGGCUGGCCCCCUGAACAUGCUCUACAUAGACAGCCCCAUGGGAACCGGCUACAGCUUCACCGAUCAUGAUGAUGGCUACGCAGACAAUCAAUUAUCGGUAGGCCUGUACCUUUACCAAGCCCUAGUGCAGUUCUUCCAGCUAUUCCCUGAGCUCAGAACCAACGAUUUGUACAUCGCUGGAGAAUCCUUCGGUGGAAAAUUCGCGACGGCUUUGGGAUACGCCAUUCACGCAUUGAACCCUGCCGUAGAUAAUCCGAUGAACCUUCAGGGUCUCGCUAUCUUCAGCGGUGCCCUGGAUCCGGUGGAUAAAUCCGCGAAGGCUGUAGAACCUCCGCCGUCUCACGUCUUUCAACCCAACAACUUCCUCGAUUUCAAAACUAUAACGCAAUUCUUGAAGUACGAGAGAAAAAUGAAAGGUUUCAUUGAUAAACCGAAUUCAAUCGAUUUGAAUGACGUGUUUUCAAUGGUCAGUGAGACCACCAAAUUCAUCGCUGAUCUUCCUCCGUUACUUACUCCUGAGAAAACAGAAAAAAAUUCGGAAACGAAUCAUUCAGAAGUUCUCUCCCAAUUUAUGGAGGAUCAGGAGGUGAAACAUGCGAUUCAUGUUGGUAACAGAACCUUCGUUGUGAAUUCAGAUAGGGUGAAAGAGUUCUUGAAGGUGGACAUGACGCGUUCACUCGGGAAUGUCUUCGCUAUUCUUCUGGAGAAUUACAGGAUUCUGAUUGUUAAUGGGGAGCUGGAUGCGGUGGCGCCUGCUAUUGACUUUGAAAGGUCUUUGAUGAAUCUGAAUUGGGGUGGAAAGAAUGACCUCAGGCGUGCCACUGUCAAGCAGUGGGUGGUGGAUGGCGAGGUAGCGGGGUAUGUCAAGAGGGCUCGGAAAUUGGCGACGGUGAAGGUACAAAAUUCUGGAGGGUUUGUUAUCAAAGAACGAUCGACGUGGAUUCUGGAUUUAAUCAUUAAAUUUACGGGGGGAGAAAGUAUUGUUUAGAGACUGUCUAUAAACAUAAUAACAAUUAUAAAAAUGUGUAAUGCUUCGAUAUUAAUGAAUAAAAAUCCAUUUGAAUGAGUAA